GAUUUUUCAUCUCUCACACAAAAACCAAUCCAUUAGAGAGAACUCACCACACAUACUUCCAAUUCCCAUUGUUUAAAGGACGAAUUGGGUUUUAUAAAAAAUUAUGGAUUUCUCCGAUUUGUUUCUCACUCUCUUUGCGGUGGCUCUGUUUCUUUGUUUACUCCGAUUUAUCGCCGGAAUCCGCCGUAGCUCCUCCACGAAUCUCCCUCUUCCUCCGGGAACAAUGGGUUAUCCUUACGUCGGCGAAACAUUCCAACUUUACUCACAAGACCCUAAUGUGUUCUUCGCAGCAAAACAGAGAAGAUACGGAUCGGUGUUCAAGACUCAUGUAUUGGGAUGUCCAUGUGUGAUGAUCUCAAGCCCUGAAGCAGCGAAAUUUGUAUUGGUUACCAAGUCUCAUUUGUUUAAACCGACUUUUCCGGCGAGUAAAGAGAGGAUGCUUGGAAAACAAGCAAUCUUUUUCCACCAAGGAGAUUAUCAUUCCAAACUUAGAAAGCUAGUUUUAAGAGCUUUCAUGCCUGAUGCAAUCAGAAACAUGGUCCCUCACAUUGAAUCAAUCGCUCAAGAAUCACUCAAUUCUUGGGAUGGAACUCAACUCAACACUUACCAAGAAAUGAAAACAUACACUUUCAAUGUGGCGUUGAUCUCAAUACUCGGCAAAGACGAAGUUUUCUACCGAGAAGAUCUAAAACGAUGCUACUACAUUCUAGAGAAAGGUUACAAUUCGAUGCCGAUUAAUCUCCCCGGAACACUAUUCCACAAAGCCAUGAAAGCUCGUAAGGAGCUAGCACAAAUCCUCGCUAACAUCUUAUCCAAAAGAAGACAAAACUCAUCUUCACACACAGAUCUUCUCGGAUCAUUCAUGGAAGACAAAGAAGGAUUAAGCGACGAACAAAUCGCCUCUUCACACACAGAUCUUCUCGGAUCAUUCAUGGAAGACAAAGAAGGAUUAAGCGACGAACAUCCUCAAGUACUUAGCUGAUUUAUCUUCGCCGCUAGAGACACGACGGCGAGUGUGCUGACGUGGAUCCUCAAGUACUUAGCUGAUAAUCCAACUGUUCUAGAGGUAAAACAGGAAGAGCAAAUGGCAAUAAGGAAAGAUAAAAAAGAAGGAGAGAGUCUCACUUGGGAAGAUACAAAGAAGAUGCCAUUAACUUAUAGAGUAAUCCAAGAGACAUUAAGAGCUGCUACUAUCUUAUCUUUCACAUUUAGAGAAGCUGUCGAAGAUGUCGAAUACGAAGGAUAUUUGAUACCAAAGGGAUGGAAAGUAUUGCCGCUAUUCAGAAAUAUUCAUCACAAUGCUGAUAUAUUUUCGGAUCCGGGAAAAUUCGAUCCGUCGAGAUUCGAAGUUGCGCCGAAACCGAAUACAUUCAUGCCUUUUGGAAGUGGGAUUCAUUCUUGUCCAGGCAAUGAGUUAGCUAAACUUGAAAUCUCUGUUCUAAUCCAUCAUCUCACCACUAAGUACAGAUGGUCAAUUGUAGGACCUAGCGAUGGAAUUCAGUAUGGGCCGUUCGCUCUUCCUCAGAAUGGAUUGCCUAUUGCCUUGGAACGAAAACCAUAGUACAAAUUACGAGAAUACCAUUUGCCUUUCUAAAAUUAGAAAGUGAGGAUUUUUUUUCUAUUUAAGAGAAAAAAAACUAAUUCUCUUAUAUUUCAUUGGCUAAACAAAAAAUACAGAAAUGAAAGAAAGUAGAAAGGGAAAAAAAUCCCAAACGGGACCCCCAAGUGUAUAUAAGUUUUAGUUUAUAUAGAGAAUUAAAUUUUGAGAGAAAGAGAGAAUUAGUUAUAUAAAUGUUCCAUGUGUAUCUUUAUUUUUGGUUGUCUUUUUUUUUCUUCUUUUCAAAUUGUAAAUUCUUUUGUUAUCAAUGUAAUGAUUAGUGAAUACAAUAUAUGGAAGGCUCCAAGAGAAUUUCA